UCUCUGAACACCCGGAAGUAAACAGGAACAAUAACUGAACCAGACAGACGCCGGUGAUUUUUAGAGCAACGUCAGGGACGAUGGAGGAAUAUAACUCUGGGGAUGAGGUUAUCUUCAAUGCCGAUGAGAUCAACAUUUCAGUCAAAGAGUGUAUUGAAGGUGUUAUUGGAGGAACAGAUUACGACCAGAGUAAAGUGAACCAGUGGACGGCCAGUAUAGUGGAGCACUCUCUGACUCACCUGUUCAAACAGGGACGGCCGUUUAAAUACAUAGUAAACUGUUCGGUCAUGCAGAAGACUGGCGCUGGUCUCCACACAGCCAACUCCUGCUACUGGGACACGGCCACUGAUGGAAGCUGCACAGUGAGGUGGGAGAAUCGCACAAUGUACUGUGUGGUCAGUGUGUUCGCUGUAGCCAUGGCUCUCUGAAGCUUCAAGAAGCUGAUCUCCACUUCCCCAAACUUUAUCAAAAAUGAAACCAUCACCAAGAAGACCGUGAAGACCUUCUGAUGACUCCCUCUGGUAGAAUUUCAUGCAGCAAGUUGGAUAUAUACAGGAGCCAUUAAAGAUGUUUAGACUCAGAGUUGUGCUGUGAUGGUCCAUGAUGUGCAUUUAGGGAGCAGGAAAAUGACAUGAAGGGACCUGUGGCAGUACAAAAAAAAAUAUACUCCAAAUGAACCCACGUAAUCUGGUGUCAAAAUUUAAGAUAUUAUCCACAUGUUGUAAUCUCUGUGUAAUGUAGAACUUGAAUUGUUUUCCCAUAAGCCUCGGCUGUGCAUUGUGUUUAGUGCUAAUUAGCAAAUGUUAGUCUGUUAAAGAUGGUGAAUGUUAGAUUGUUAGUGUUGAGUUCAAAGGGCUUCUCCUCUUCAGUACAUUCCUCUUUAAAACUGACUGAACUGUUGCCGUUGUAGAUGUUAAAAGUCAAUUCUAACUGUUGUGUUUGAUUUGGAAACCUGACUACUUGUGUACAAAGUCUCUACAAGUCUGCAUUCAUUUUUUCAAUCAUUUAUACUCCUCUGUUACUGUAAAGGUUGGAGAGUGUGUAUUUCCAGGUUUUAGAUGCUUAAUGCUUAGUCCUGACAAGCGAUGCACUUUAAAAAAAAGAAAAGAAAACAAGACAUGCUCUGAAGAAAUCCUGGAAAUUGUCUGUUGAAUUAAUGUAAGCUGUUGAAUAAAUUAAUUUGUUGGAAAUA